AAAAGCGAACUGUACCGAGCGGCCUCGCCCAUUCAUACCGUAAGAGCCGGUGUUUGCUACGGGGAAAAACACGUCUGUCUCCGGUAUAGCGACACGCCCAGCCCGGUCGGCCGUGUUCGUAGUCACGAUGCAUUGCUUGAUUGCUGUGAUCAUACUGCUAGCUUCGGUGCCUGGCGCUUCGUUUCAAAAGCAGGCUCAACAGGUCACUGAGACUCGCCGUGUGCCCAAACCUGCUCGAAAUUUUGAAGAAGUCCAAGACAACAGCGAAGGCAGCCGGCAUCUUCGUGAUGUCGAGUCAAAACGCAGUCAUCUCCCGCUAUGUUCAUCAGCCACUCAGUACGAAUGUGAGAAUGGCGACUGCAUCCCAUUCACCUACGUAUGCGAUGGCAAACGCAACGAUUGCAUCGGGGGCGAGGACGAGAGGAACUGCGAUCAGCAUGUCUGCUCUUUUGACCAAUACCGCUGUCCCACCGGCAAGUGUAUUCCCGACUACUGGAUAUGUGACGUAAGCAAGGAUUGCAGGCCUGGGGGCGAGGAUGAGAUGCUCAACUGUCUGACCAGGCAAUGCGAUGCUGGAAAGUUCCGCUGCAGAUCGGGUGCCUGUUUGCCACAGUCCUUCGUAUGUGACGGCGAGACUGAUUGUCCUGACGGUGAUGACGAAGUAGAACCUUGUAAUAACAUUGGUGUGUUCUGCCAACCAGGGGAGUUCCGCUGUAACAAUGGACAAUGCAUACUGCAGAGCAAGCACUGCAAUCAUGUUAUUGACUGCCCUGGUGGUGACGAUGAAGCAGAUUGUCCACAUCAAUGUCCUGGUCAAUUCAUGUGUAACCGAGGAAACUGCAUACCUCAAAUCUCCGUCUGCAACAGGGUCAAUGAUUGUGCGAGUGGCGAGGAUGAGGUGAACUGCCCAGGCAGGUGCCCUAAUCAGUACGAAUGCAGCAACGGACAGUGUAUACCACAGGCCAGGGUGUGCGACGGACGGCAACAUUGCUCCCAGGGCGAGGACGAGGGAUCGUGCUUCAGGCCUUGCACCAGUCAACAGUUCCGCUGCGAUAGUGGCAAGUGUCUGAGCAGGGAGUACGUGUGCGAUAGCAUUGUCGAUUGCGGCCAGGGCGAGGACGAGCGAAGUUGCACACCGUGCCUGGGACAGUUCAACUGUGGGACAUAUUGCAUCUCCACCACGAGGGUCUGUGACGGUCGGGUUGACUGCCCUGCUGCUAUCGACGAGGCAAACUGUCCGGUGAUCUGCGAGGGGAGAUUCCAUUGCGGCAACCAGCAAUGUGUGGACGUCUCUCAGCGAUGUGACGGCCAGGUGGACUGCUUUUUCUCCCAAAGUGACGAGAUGAAUUGUCCCAGUUGUAAGCGUGGUUUCCUGUGUAGCAAUGGGCGAUGUAUACCUCCAGCUGCCGUCUGUGACGAUGUGCAGGACUGUCCUCGUGGUGAAGAGGAAGUUGGAUGUAAUGACAGGCCGCCGUGCAAUCCAGGCUAUUACCGGUGCGUUAACAGUUACUGCAUCCCGCAAAGGGGAGUGUGUGACACUGUGGUGGAUUGUCCUAGCGGUGACGAUGAGUCUCAGUGUCCGAAUACACAGUGCAGCAGCAACCAGUACAGAUGCCGUGAUGGUUCGUGUGUCAGUCGCGAUCGAGUCUGCGACGGUCGCGUGGACUGCAAUGGCGGCGAAGACGAGCGGGGUUGUCCCAACAGAGGAUGCUUAGCGACUCAGAUCAGAUGUAUGGAUGGUAGCUGUAUUGAUUCCAAUAAGGUGUGUGAUGGACGGCUUGACUGUUCUGCAGGAGAGGAUGAACGGAACUGCCAACCUCCAACCUGCUCGGUGGAUCAGUUUGAAUGUCAGGAUGGAAUGUGCAUCUCUUCCACAAAGGUCUGCGAUCAGAGACAAGACUGUCCAGACGGGGAGGAUGAGAUGAAUUGUCCAACACGCGGAUGCCUGGCCAACCAGUUUGAGUGCAACGAUGGACAGUGCAUCCCGAUGACUAAAAAGUGCGACAGGCGCCGCGACUGUACCGGCGAGGAAGACGAAGAAAACUGCCAAGGUUGUUUGACGAAUGAGUUUCAAUGCAACGAUGAAAGGUGUAUUUUGUCCUUGCAGGUGUGUGAUCAGGUCAGAGAUUGCACCUACGGGGAAGAUGAACAGAAUUGUCAAGUUCGUGAAUGUCUAGCCAACGAAUUUGAAUGCAACACUGGACGGUGCAUCCCUAUGGCGCAGAAGUGCGAUAGACGCCGUGACUGCCCUGGUGGCGAAGACGAAGAAAACUGCCAAGGUUGUUUGACGAAUGAGUUCCAAUGCAACGAUGGCAAGUGUAUUCUAUUUACUAAGGUGUGUGAUCAGCUCGGAGAUUGCUCAGAGAUGGAGGAUGAACAGAAUUGUCCCGCUCAUGAAUGUCUAGCCAACGAAUUCAAGUGUAGCGAUGAACGCACCUGCAUUCCGUUAGCUCAGAAGUGCGAUCGACGCCGUGACUGCCCUGGUGGAGAAGACGAAGAAAACUGCCAAGGUUGUUUGACGAAUGAGUUCCAAUGCAACGAUGGCAGGUGUAUUCUAUUUACUCGGGUGUGUGAUCAGCUCGGAGAUUGCUCAGAGAUGGAGGAUGAACAGAAUUGUCCCGCUCAUGAAUGUCUAGCCAACGAAUUCAAGUGUACCGAUGAACGCACCUGCAUUCCUUUAGCUCAGAAGUGCGAUCGACGCCGUGACUGCCCCGGUGGCGAAGACGAAGAAAACUGCCAAGGUUGUUUGACGAAUGAGUUCCAAUGCAACGAUGGCAGGUGUAUUCUAUUUACUCGGGUGUGUGAUCAGCUCGGAGAUUGCUCAGAGAUGGAGGAUGAACAGAAUUGUCCCGCUCAUGAAUGUCUAGCCAACGAAUUCAAGUGUAACGAUGAACGCACCUGCAUUCCGUUAGCUCAGAAGUGUGAUAGACGCCGUGACUGCCCUGGUGGUGAAGACGAAGAAAACUGCCAAGGUUGUUUGACGAAUGAGUUCCAAUGCAACGAUGGCAGGUGUAUUUUGUCCAUUCAGGUGUGUGAUCGGGUCGGAGAUUGCUCGGAGAGUGAAGAUGAACAAAACUGUCCGAGCCGUGAAUGCCUAGCCAACGAAUUUAAGUGUAAUGAUAGACGGUGCAUCCCGAUCGCUCAGAAGUGUGACACAUUCCGUGACUGCACCGGCGGUGAAGACGAAGAAAACUGUUGUCGAGCCAACGAAUUCGAAUGUAACGACGGUUUGUGCAUUUUGAUGACUCAGCAGUGUGAUAGACGACACGACUGCUCUGGUGGAGAAGAUGAAAGCAACUGUCCUGGGUGUUUGUCGAGCGAGUUCAGCUGCAACGAUGGUGCGUGUAUCUCGAGGAACAAGGUCUGUGAUAAUUUCAGAGAUUGCUUGCAGGGAGAAGAUGAGCGUGAUUGUCCAUCUCAAGGCUGCCUGACUAAUCAGUUUGAAUGCAACACUGGUUUGUGUAUCCUUUCGACUCAAGUCUGCGAUGGACGCCACGACUGUCCGAUGGCAGAGGAUGAAGCUAACUGCCCAGGCCGAGGAUGUCUUGUCGGUCAAUUCAUGUGCGAUGAUGACACAUGUAUCCCUGGUAACCAAGUCUGUGACCAGCAAUGGGAUUGUGCGAACGGAGAGGAUGAGCACCUUUGCCCGGGACCCGUCUGUACACCUAAUCAGUUUCAAUGCAACAAUGGUCAGUGUAUCUCGUCUGAGCUUGUUUGUGAUCAGCAGGGCCACUGUGCUGAGAGUGAGGAUGAAACUGACUGUCCCGAUGAGGCAAGAUGUCUGUCUAACCAAUUCCGAUGUAAUGACGGCACCUGUAUCCAAGUUUCUCUGGUUUGUGACGGGAAGGAGCAUUGUAGGAAUGGAGAGGAGGAGGCUAAUUGUGUUCGGCCAGAUCGAUGCCCGAAGCAGUACACCUGUCCGAAUGGUCCCUGUAUUCCCUUGGAUAAGGUCUGUGAUAAGAUGAUCGACUGUCCGCGUGGCGAGGAUGAACUGGAAUGUUCCAUCGGAAGCCAGUGUGCCAACAAUGAAUUUCGCUGUUCAUCGGGAAACUGUGUCCGGUCUGGGUUUACCUGCAACGGUCGUAACGAUUGCGAGCGGGGAGAAGACGAGGAAGGGUGCACUGUGUUCCAGUGUCUGGGACGAUUCUCUUGUCAAGACGGAUCGUGUGUGAAACUCUCACAGCUCUGCGACGGCGCGCGAGAUUGCAACCUUGGUGAUGACGAGAGAAGCUGCGGUGUGGAACCGGAGCCUUGCGACGGGUACCAGUGUAGCAAAGAUCAGUGCAUACCGACCGAGGCUCGAUGCAAUGGUUGGCUGGAUUGCUACGGCGGUGUGGAUGAGUCGGGAUGCGCUGUUGAUCCGUGCAGACUUCUUUUCACGUGUGGUGAUGGGUACUGUAUCAGCCCAGCAUUGAUCUGUGAUGGGAACUCAAACUGUCUGAAUGGUAGAGACGAACAUGGCUGCGAUGACGAUCCGUGUCUGGGGCAUGUUAACUGCGGUGUGAACGGUGGGUGCAUCGCGGCUCUCUUAGCUUGUGAUGGAGUGCAAAACUGCCCCAUGGGAGAAGAUGAGAUGAACUGCCCGCCUCCAGAAUGCAACGAGGACCAGUUCACGUGUAAUGAUGGCACCUGUAUCUCCCAGACCUUGGUAUGCAAUGGGAAUCCUAAUUGUGGUGGUGGUGCCCAGGAGGACGAGCAAGGAUGCCCGAAUCUAGGAUGUCGAGCGGGCCAGUAUCAAUGCCGGAGCGGGAAUUGUAUCUCGCAAAGCGCUGUCUGUGAUGGUAGAACGGAUUGCUUUGCAGGAGAUGAUGAAACAGACUGCCAGACCCGUCAAUGUCUACAAGACCAAUUUAGGUGUAACGACGGCAAGUGUAUUCCGCAAUCAUAUCGCUGUGACCAUCGCUUCUUCGAUUGUCCUGACCGGGAAGAUGAGCUGAAUUGCCCGGGCGUCUUUCCGCUGUGUCGCGGUGACGAGUUCCGUUGUAACAGCGGAAUGUGCAUCCCGGCAGCCGAUAGGUGUGACGGACUAUACAGAGAUUGCUCGACUGGCGAAGAUGAAGAUAACUGCCCCAUCAAAUGUGGCGCGUUCCAAUUCCAGUGCGGGAACCGAUGCGUAACUGCCCAGCAGAUGUGUGACGGAAACGAUGACUGCUCGGAGGGGGAGGAUGAGAUGCAAGCAAACUGUGAAGACUUCCAAAACCUCGACCAGUGCGAUCCCCACUACGAGUUUGCCUGCUACGACGGCACGUGCCUUUACAAAAGGCAAAGAUGCGACAGCAUACCAGAUUGCCCUGGGGGUGAGGAUGAACGUCUGUGCAUCGAAAGCGGAGAAGGCGUCAUGCGCAGUCUUGGUGAAACGCUCCAAUCUCUUGAGACCAAGUUGAAUACAAUAGAAGACGCUAUUACCGGAAACGAAGAUACGAACAACGAGUCUGCGACACCGAACGCGUCCACUGCGAUGGGAAGCAAUGACACGGGCCGAAAGCGAGAGUUCGCCAGAAUUUACCGGGAAAUGCGGAACGCUCGGAAACUGAAGGCAUCUUCAUCUGGCACCGACAUCAAAGCCGCAAAACGAACACCAGAAACUGACUCAAAUCCAUAGAAAGCAAACUCAACCAGAAUGACAGAAAUUAAAUUUCAUUGGAAAAAUAUUUAUUAGAAUUUAUAAUAAAAAUCGUAUUUGAAAAAUGUGUGAAACACAUCUCUGUAUUCAAAUAAUAAAAAUGUGAAAAAAAAAUAAUGAUUAAAUUUCAGAUCAAAAAUAGUCAACAGUUGUUACAAUUAUAUUGGAUGUCUUCUGCAAGUUUAAAAUGUCAUGACCUUUGCAGUAAUUUUAUAAACCUUUUCAGUAAUUAUAAGCCAAGUGCAUGCAUAAUAAUCAACUAGUGAAGCUUUGCGGUAACACCAUGUAGAAAUCUCUCUUCGGAAGAUGCACUAUGUGUGGUUCUGAAAGAACCGGUUGCAUGGUUGUAAAACUUGACGUUCUCCUGAAGACGACCAGAGCAUAUGGAUUGCAACGUCGACUUUUACAACCAACCGGUUCUUUUCAGAACCACACGUCUUCCCAAAAGUUUCUACAUUGGCGUUACCGCAACCCUCACUAGUUCAUACCACCACCAUGCAAACUUUCAAAUCUUAUUAACAUAAGAUCGUUAAACUUGUCAUUUAUUUGCACAAUAAUGUUCACAUAUCUUGACUUUAUUUACAAAACUGUUUAACCACAUCUUAUUAAACAUUCGAAUCCAUUUGUUACCAAAUUAAAUCAAUGUGUAUGCAAUACUUCAAUAUCUUGUACCGUACUAUGAUCAUUCACUACCUCAGUACAGAUCUAUUUUCAAAAAAAAUCCUUUAGAAAUGAUAAGCGAAAUUGAAAAUAAAAUCGUGUGGCAACUAAUAAAGUUGUGAUGAUUUUGUGAUUUGUUUCGUA